UUUCACAAAUUGAAAUAAAUUAUUAGUUUUUCUAAUUUCUUUAGUUUGACGCCACAUAUCUGAAAAAGUAGAAAUGUCGUGGAACUGGAAUAGCCAUGGUUUGCCUUUUCUGCCUGGAUACAGCUUUCAGGAUGUAACGAAGACAGCUUUCCACCGGCCACAGACACUGGGAUAUAAGAAUGGCUAUGCUCUGCCCUGCCGGCCCACCAUAGGCAUUGGUCAGAGCCCCCUCCUGUCUGCUCAGCUCAUACUACAGGAGCUCAACCAGCUGCCCCUACAAGAACAUGAGGCCUCCUAUGAUGCCUAUGACAUCAGCCAGUGCGAGGACUUUAUCCCUGCCCAUGUGGCACUGGACAAGAAGGUGCUGCGUUUCUAUGCAUACUUCACAGAGGACAUCUUGUACUCCCCAGAGGAGCACUACCGGGUUCGCUCUGUGGUCAUUUACUACUUCCUGGAGGAUGACACCAUGUGCAUCAUCGAGCCGGCCGUGGAGAAUUCAGGGAUACCACAGGGCAAACGCAUCAAGCGCCAGCGCCUGCCCAAGAAUGAGUUUGGAGAGUAUUACACCUGGACUGAUCUGAAUGUAGCUACGGACAUGGAAGUGUACGGAGUCAAGUACCACAUCGUGGACUGUGACGCUUUUACUAAGGAGUUCCUGGCCAGUGAAGGCAUCAUUCUAAAUGUGCCGGAGCCCAUGCCCUCAGACCCAUAUAUCACAGACCGCACCAAACCCGUGCCCAGCUUCACCACUCCCUCCGAAUAUGACCGGGUCAACCAGUUCCUCACCAUGGACCGCAAGGUGCUGCGUUUCUCUGGGCUGUGGGACGACUCUGAGUCUCUGUUUGGAGACACGCGCCCGGUCACCAUUCACUACUACCUGGUGGAUGACACUGUGGAGGUCAGAGAGGUGCAUGAGCCCAACAGCGGACGAGACCCUUUUCCCAUCCUCAUGAGAAGACAGCGGUUGCCCAAGAAGAGCAAAGCACACAUAAGUAACUUCCCCACCUGUGUCCUGGAGGUGUCCAAAGAUGAGGUAGAAGAAUACUACUCUCCACAGGACUUCCAGCUGGGUCAGAAAAUAAGCAUGCUGGGGAGACACUUCCUCUUGUGUGACUGUGAUGACUUCACAAAACAGUACUAUCAGAGGCACUACCCUGACAUGGAGCUUAGGCCAGUGGAACCGACCCGCCAGGAACCACAGCCAGCAGACAAGAAGAAGCUGCAGGUGCCACCAUACAACGGCUUUGGAACCCUGGAGGACUCUUUGCAGAACUGCCUGAGCCUGGUCCCAACGCCUCCCAAAAAGAACGUGAUUAAACAACUGGAGAAUGACAACAAAAUACUGCGCUACCGAGCCAAACUGGAAUCCCAGAUUGAAGCAGAUGAAGACCGCACAUUUGUCCUGUCCUACUACCUGGCCAACGACAUGAUCAGCAUCUAUGAAAAGUCCUCCCGAAACAGUGGGAUCAUCGGAGGGAAGUUCCUGGAAAAGACGCGCAUCCCCAAACCUGACUCAUCCACCGAGAGCCCACAAUUCUACUCGCCGACAGACUUCGCUAUUGGCGCCACAGUGGAGGUGUUCGGCCAUCGUUUUGUGCUGACCGAUGCUGACCGCUACGUGUUAACCUAUCUGGAGUCCAUCCAGAGUCAGGUCCCUACAGAGACCUUGGACUCUUUAAGGAGGUGGUUUGGACUCGGCACAGACACCACAGAGAAACACGGUGAAGAUGCUGUGGUUGAACCCUCAUCUCUGAAUUAAUCUCUGUUAAAAUGUCUGUGGAGAAAAUGAGACUUGACUGAUGCUAAUAUCAGUAAAUCUUUU